AUGCCCACUAUUUCACCAGCGGCCUAUGUGGGCCUAGCGGCCACACUAUUCUACGCGUCAUGGGGGGUAGCACGACGCCUACUCUCGCGCUCUCCUCUGGACAACAUACGUGGACUCCCCAGGAAUUCGUUCUUCACUGGAAACAUGCUCCAAAUAUUCAGCAUGGACAACUGGAGCUUCGUGCAGGAGCUCGUCGACGCCUACGGCCCUGUCUCCCUCGUACACAACUUCUUCGGGACCCGCGCGCUUCAUAUUUAUGAUGUCAAAGCGUUGCACACAAUAUUCAUCAAGGAACAAGAGGUGUUCCCACGCAAUACGCUCAAUCGGGAGGCUGGAGACAUACUUUUCGGCCCGGGACUCAUAUCAACAGAAGGCGCCAUGCACCGCCGGCAGCGCAAAAUGCUAAACCCCGUGUUCUCCGCUGCGUACAUGCGCGGAAUCACGCCCUUCUUCCACGAAAUCGUGAACAAGCUGGAGAGCGCCAUAGAAACGCGUGUUCGCGACGGACCCACUGAUCUCGACAUGGUCGGCUGGAUGGGCCGUGCCGCGCUUGAACUCGUCGGACAAGGCCUACUCGGACACAGCUUCGACCCACUCAUCGUCGACUCGAAGGAUGAGUUCACUGCGGCGGUCAAGUCUAUGUCACCCUCUAUCCCCGACAUACUGUACGCGCUCGCCGUCCUCCCUUUGGUGCAGGGCGUCGGACCGCGGUGGCUCCGCCGUCUCGCGGUUCGCUUGUGGCCCGACCCGAACGUGCAACGGAUGCGCUACUACGUGGACUUCAUCUACGCACGCACGCAGGAGAUGCUCGCGGAAAAGAGAACGCGGAUCGAUAAGGGUGAAGGGGGGAUCAUGAGCCAGAUCGCAGAGGGAAAGGACGUGAUGAGCAUCCUCUUGCGGGAGAACAUGGUUGCAUCUGAAGAAGAUCGCCUUCCCGACGCUGAGCUUCUGGCGCAGAUGUCAGUCUUCAUCGUCGCCGGCGUCGAUACUACUUCCAAUGCCCUUGCUCGCGUGCUCGAUCAGUUGUCGCAGUACCCCGAAGUGCAAGAGCAUCUCCGUGAGGAAAUUCGGCAAGCGAAGGAACAAUACGGCAACAACAUUCCAUACGACGAGGUGAUGGCGCUCCCGUACCUCGACGCUGUCUGCCGUGAGACCCUCCGCCUGUUCCCUCCCGUUGUAAUGGUCAUCCGGGAAUCUCAGGAGGACGUCGCUCUCGCACUCUCGGACCCUGUGGUCGGCAAGGACGGGUCGCCAAUGUCGGAGAUCAUCGUACCGAAGAAUACCACAGUGAUAGUCAACGUUAGCGCCUGCAACACAAACAAGGCGCUAUGGGGAGAAGACGCUUUUGAGUGGAAGCCGGAGAGGUGGCUGCAACCGCUUCCCAAGGCUCUCGAAGACGCGCGCAUCCCGGGCCUCUAUUCGAACCAGAUGACCUUCAUCGGAGGUGGACAUGGUUGCAUCGGGUUCAAAUUCUCUCAGCUCGAGAUGAAGAUCGUGCUCUCUACGCUUAUUGCAUCCUUCCGCUUCGAACAGUCGAACAAGCCGUUCUUCUGGAACUCAGCCGUCGUCACAUACCCGGCCGCCAAGGUCGGGAACACGGAGCCCGAGAUGAUGUUAAAGGUUUCGCUCGCACAAUCACCUCCUCUGGCACCCACCUCCCGGGAAUGUAGAUAA